AUGGAGAUCCUCGAACUUAAAAAUAAGCUUGAUGGCUUAAGAAAAACAUUGGAGGUGGCAGCAAACGGGCAUGACCUUCGUCAACUUUCACUUGAACAAGCAUUCAAAACGCUCAAUUUUAAUGCCAAAAGAUUGAUGAAAAUAGAAGAUCGAUCAGAGCGUUUUGACGCGAAUUUUGAAAGUACGGAGAACCGCGUUCUUUUCGAACACGCUGGCUUUCUUUCGUCUACUUCAUCGAGUAAGAGUACAUCCUCUCCUCCGACUGAUGCGACUACUGCUAUGAACUAUGCAUUGUGGGAUGCUUUUGCUGUUAAUUGUUUUGCUUUCGAAAAGUGGAGGGAAUCCGAGCUCGGAUAUGUUGUCAUGGCCACGCUCUCAGAUCCAAAAAUAAGAAACUUAAGUCAUUUCUAG